AUGUCUGAACAAGACACUCAUCCAAACGAAUUCAAUGAACUGCGAAGUAAGUAUAAAUACUACAUCGAUACAUUUAAUACGUUGUAUCAGCUGAAAACGGAAAACAUAGAAGAAUUAUACUCGAUUUACAAAAUGAUCAAAACAGAGUUGAUUGAUUCAAAGAAAUAUCCUCCGCAAAGGAUGAUCAAAAAUAUUUUAGACAUCAUUCCGUAUAAUAACCGCUAUAUAACGUCAUAUUUGAUUCUUGCCGAAUUCAUAACUGAUGAUUAUCAAGUAACAGAGGAUUCUAAAAUUUCAAUUGAAGAUGGCAUCCUAACUUACAAAGAAUAUUCCAUUGAUUUAGACUACGCUAAUGAUUUCGAAAAAAUUGAAUCAAAAGAUCUCAUUUUUGAUACAGAAAAUGCAAUCUACCCAGCAAUUAUGUAUAAUGACAAAGAAAGUUUUAUCUGCUUAACUGAAAUGGUUGGUUUUGAUCAAAAACAAAAGCUUACAAGCAAUUUAUAUCCAGAUUUUUGUAGUAGUUUUUCAUUACUUGAAUUAUGCUGUUAUUAUGGAGCAGUUGAUUGUUUCAAGUUCUUAAGAACAAAAUUUAACUCAAAAAUAACUAAAACUUGUCUUCAAUAUUCAUUUUUAGGAGGAAAUCCAGAUAUCAUGAGUGAAUGUUUGAAAUAUAAAAAACCAGAUUGGAAAUGCAUGAAAUAUGCAACUAUUUCACACAACAUUGAUUUUGUUACAUUCUUAAUGAAUGAGUACAAUUUGGAGAUCAAUAGAUAUACUUGUGCACGGAAUAAUAAUCUUGAAUCAUUUUUAGUUUAUUUCGAUCAAACUAAUGAUGUUAAUGGAUGCCUUAUUUAUUCGACGAGGUUCAAUAUUCCAUCUCUUUGCGAAUAUUUCCUUUCACAUGGUGCAAACAUCAAUGCAAAAGAUAUUAAUGGGCAAACCGCUCUUCAUAAAGCAGCAAAAAAAAUAGUAAAGUAA